AUGACUACUAGUUCAAGUGUAAAACCAAUAUUAUAUUCAUAUUUUCGUAGUUCAUGUUCACAUCGUGUUCGAAUUGCUUUAAAUUUAAAAAAUAUUAUUUAUGAAAUUCAACCAAUUGAUUUAAUCAAAGGAGAAGCUUCUACUGAUGAAUAUAAACAGAUCAAUCCAAAAGGUGAAAUUCCAGUACUUAUUAUUGAUGGGAAAAAAUUGACACAAUCGCUUCCUAUCAUCGAAUAUCUUGAUGAAAUAUAUAAAGUACCUAAACUCUUACCAGAAAAACCAUACCAACGUUAUCAGGCUCGUAGAAUUAGUGAAAUUAUUGCAUCUGGUAUUCAGCCUUUACAAAACAUAAGUGUUUUAAAACGUGUUGGUAAAGAUAAAAAAGCUGAAUGGGCACGUUAUUAUAUUAAAUUUGGUCUUGAUGCUGUGGAAAAAGCUUUAGAAGAAUCAUCAGGACAAUAUUGUGUCGGUAAUCAAAUUUCAAUAGCUGAUUGUUGUCUUAUGCCACAACUCUAUCAUGCACGACAAUGGAAAAUUAAUCUAACUAAUCAUCCACUUAUAACAUCUAUUGAAGAAAAAUUGAAUAAAAUUGAUGCAUUUAAAUUAGCUCAUCCAAAUCAACAACCUGAUUGUCCAGAUAAUGAAAACAAAAUCUAA